UAUGAGCCGCACCGCCUACACUGUGGGAGCUUUGCUUCUCCUGUUGGGGACCCUGCUGCCGGCUGCUGAAGGAAAAAAGAAAGGGUCCCAAGGUGCCAUUCCCCCACCAGACAAGGCUCAGCACAAUGACUCCGAGCAGACUCAGUCGCCCCAGCAGCCUGGCUCCAAGAACCGGGGGCGGGGCCAGGGGCGGGGCACUGCCAUGCCGGGGGAGGAGGUGCUGGAGUCCAGCCAAGAGGCCCUCCACGUGACCGAGCGCAAAUACCUAAAGCGAGACUGGUGCAAAACCCAGCCGCUUAAGCAAACCAUCCACGAGGAGGGCUGCAACAGCCGCACUAUCAUCAAUCGCUUCUGCUAUGGCCAGUGCAACUCCUUCUACAUCCCCAGGCACAUCCGGAAGGAGGAAGGCUCCUUUCAGUCCUGCUCCUUCUGCAAGCCCAAGAAAUUCACCACCAUGAUGGUCACACUCAACUGCCCCGAACUACAGCCACCCACCAAGAAGAAGAGGGUCACACGUGUGAAGCAGUGUCGUUGCAUAUCCAUCGAUUUGGAUUAAGUCACACUCAGCCUGUCCUAGGGAUGCAGCCCC